AUGACCCUGUCAGAAACAUGUAGAGAACUGAGUGACAGGAAAACUUCUUCUGCCUCUGCUCAGAUCAUCUUCUACGAGGACAGGAACUUCCAGGGUCGUUCCUACGAGUGCAGCGGCGACUGUGCCGACAUGUCGUCCUACCUGAGCAGGUGUCACUCCUGCAGGGUGGAGAGAGGCUGCUUCAUGGUCUACGACCGCACCAACUUCAUGGGCAACCAGUACUUCCUGAGGAGGGGCGAGUACUCCGACUACAUGAGCAUGAUGGGGAUGAGCGACUGCAUCAGGUCCUGCCGCAUGAUCCCCAUGCACCGCGGGUCCUACAGGAUGAGGAUCUACGAGAGGGAGAACUUCGGAGGCCAGAUGUACGAGCUGAUGGACGACUGCGAUAACAUCAUGGACCGUUACCGCAUGUCCAACUGCAUGUCCUGCAACGUGAUGGACGGACACUGGCUGAUGUACGAGCAGCCCCACUACAGAGGCAGGAUGAUGUACAUGAGGCCCGGAGAGUACAGGAACUUCAUGCACAUGGGCAUGAGCAACAUGAGGUUCAUGAGCAUGAGGCGCAUCAUGGACUCCUGCUACUGAACAAUAAAGUUCUGAUUCAAUG